GCAACAAACAACACACACACACACACAUUCCAUGAAGAUGGUUCUCUCUUUCUUCAUACUCUCUCUCUUAAUGGUCCCUUCAUCCUCCACCAGCACCACCACUAUAGGCAUUACCUACUCCCCCGGAACGAACUCCCCACCACCAGAGCAUGUCGUAACAGCCCUUCAGUCACUCAAAAUCCCAUCAGUCCGACUCCUUAAUCCAACUCCAAGUUUAAUCAGAGCAUUUUCCUACUCCAACAUCUCCCUCCUCUUAACCGUACCAAAUCAUCUCGUCACUUCAUUUGCUUCCAAUCGUUCCUCAGCUACUCUCUGGCUUUACAACAUUGUUCUUCCCUUUCAUCCACGUGCUAAGAUUUCACUCAUUUCAGUUGGUUCCGACGUUAUUUCCAGCGUUGUUUCUCCUGAUCCUUCAACUGUCUUAGUCCCCGCCAUGCAAAACUUGCACCACGCGUUGGUUGACCUGGGAAUACGUACUGUUUCGGUUUCCACUACUUUCUCAUUCAUUAACGUGAUUACCACCGCGUUUCCUCCUUCCUCAGCUGAAUUCCAGGACCCUGUGAACAAGCUUGUUAUAAGUCCUGUACUUGAGUUUCUUGAGGAAACUAACUCAUCUAUGCUUAUGAAUGUGUACCCUUACAAUGUGUAUCAAUUACAUGGAGAGAUACCAGUUGGUUUCGCUUUGUUUGAGGAAACCCCGUUUAACUUCCGUGAUGAUGUUGUUACAGGUGUUCGGUAUCAUAACUUGUUUGAUAUGAUGGUUGAUUCGGUUAUUGCUGCUAUGGCGGUUUCAGGUUACGAGAAUGUUCCCCUGAUUUUGACAGAAACAGGGUGGCCAAGUAAUGAUGAUGAUGAGACCAUGAAGAUGUAUGCUGAGAAGUAUUUACAGGGCCUGAUUUCACAUUUGAAAUCUGGACUUGGAACUCCACUCAGGAAACAAGGCGUUACUGAGGCUUACAUUUACCAGUUGUUUGAUGACACCAACAAUUUGACUUCUAAUACUCAAGGUGGUGAAACAGUGCAGUACUGGGGAGUCAUGUACAGUACUAACAUGACCAUGAAGUACAACAUCAAUUUUAACAAUGCUCAACACAAUUCCAGAAUGCUUCCAGAUCUACUUGUUGUUCCCUCAAUCUAUUUUCUUUACCACUUGUUGUUCUGGAUAGUUGAUUGACUAGUAGUGGAAAAGUCUUAGAUGUUAAUAAUUCAUUGCCUAGCUAGAGGGGAAAAACAACGUCUAUGGUUCUUGCUUAAACUCCAAAUUGGUCUGAUGAUUGUAAAUCGGCUUAAUGUUUUUCUUCUGAUGAUAUGAUAUAACCACUGGUUACAUAGAUAUCGAAUUUACUGGUUCUUGCUUC